ACAAGGAGCCACCCACCCGCCUGCUUCCUUCCAUCGCAGGGAGGGAGGGAGGUGUCUGAAGGAGAGGCGAGGCUGUUGGAGCAGCCAGCUUGGAGGGGCGGCCCUUGUAAGAUGAGCUGGAACAGGAAGGCUGGCGGGGGGGCGGGGGGUGGAAGCCAGGCAGAUUUCCUGUACAUGGAGCGCCUACGACCCAGGAGGGAAGGGCAAGGGGACAUGGGUAAGGCAGCCACCCUCACGUAGGAGCUGGCCCAGGAGAGCGGCAUCUGCUGACAGAGGGGCCGGAGGAGUGAGCCUGCUGCCCUCACACACGCACACACACACACCCCACACCCUGCCUCAAAAGCAGCCCGAGAGCCUGCUGGCGUCGAGCUCCAUGGGAAGCCCAGUUUGGGGGUCUUCGCUCUGAAGCCACACCUCCAGGGGGACCUCGGGAGGGGGGCUGCCCGCCCGCGCAGGGGGCCUGGGGCAAUGCAGGACAAGCUGCACAUCUUGGAGGAUCUGAACAUGCUCUACAUCCGGCAGAUCGCCCUCAGCCUGGAGGGCACAGACCUCCAGAAGAAAAUUGACCAUGAGAUCCGCAUGCGGGAGGGGGCCUGCAAGCUGUUGGCGGCUUGUACUCAGCGGCCGCAGGCCCUGGAGGUGACGAAGAGCCUGCUGGUCUGCAACAACCGAAUCCUGGCCUACAUGGCGGAGCUGCAGCGCAUGAAGGAGGCGCAGGUGAUGCAGCACAUGGCUCGGCGUCCUUCUGAGGCUGGAUCCACGGACAGUCGCUUACCAUGUCGGGGCCGAAUCUGUGUCUCGGAUCUACGGAUCCCCCUGAUGUGGAAGGACACCGAAUAUUUCAAGAACAAGGGGGACUUGCAUCGCUGUGCGGUGUUCUGCCUGCUGCAGAUUGGCACGGAAAUCUACGACACAGAGAUGGUGCUAGUGGACCGGACGCUGGCCGACAUCUGCUUUGAGACCUCCGUGCUGUUCACGGAGGCCGGUCCAGGCUUUGAGCUGAAAAUCGAGCUGUACAGCGCUGCCCUAGAGGAGGACUCGGCCCUGAGCGCCACCCCCAAGAAGCUGGCCAGCCGCCUGAGCAGCUCCCUUGGCCGCUCUUCAGGGAAGCAGGUCCGGGCAGCCCUGGAUGGGAGCAGCUCAGGUGGCAACGGAGGGUGCAGUCCGCUGCUGCUUCCCCUAGCCCCCACCACGGCGGGGCCCAAAUACCAGCUGCUGGCCUGUGCCCACCUUGGCCUGGCACACAUCCAGGAUGCCUUUCGCACCCAUGACCUCGUCGUCACUGGCAACGAGGAGAGCUCCUUCUGGCUGCCCCUGUAUGGCAGCCUCUGCUGCCGCCUGGUGGCCCAGCCCAGCUGCAUGGUGGAACAGGUGAUGGCUGGCUUUCUGAAAGUGCAGCAGGGGGAACAGCUGGACUGGCCGAGGCUCUUCUGCGUCCUGCGUGGCACCAACCUUCUCUGCUACCGGCACCCUCAGGAUGUGGAGGGCCAGGAAGAGGCUGCCUUCACCAUUGCCAUCAACAAGGAGACGCGCAUCCGGGCCAGCGAGAAGAGCCCCAGGGGGCCCGUCCGCUGCAUGUCAGUGACCAACCACUACGGAGAUGAAGAAGUCACCCACACGCUGCAGGCCGAGUCUCCCGCGGAGGCCCAGCGCUGGAUGGAGGUCUUCUGGCAGCACUUCUACGACAUGAGCCAGUGGAAGCACUGCUGCGAUGAAGUGAUGACGGUGGAGGUGCCAUCUCCGCGCCGCCCUCCGAUGCUGCUGCCCAAGCAGGGAUCCCUGUACCACGAGAUGGCUAUUGAGCCGGCUGAUGACAUCGAGGCAGUGACCGAGAUCCUGGCCCGGCGGGUCUCAGACCUAGGCGAGCCCGUCUGGCUCUCUCUUUUCGAGGGCUCCUCCCCCAACGGCAUCGCCCCCAACUGCAACUCGGGCACCGCCCCAUGCCCCCCGCAGCCCCCCUGGGGCCGGCCUCGCACCUUCUCACUGGACGCCAAGCUCAGCAGGCUGAAGGGGCGCGCGGGCCGCCCGCCGCCUUCCCCUCUGCCCAAGGCCCACGGCCUUUCGUGUUCCAGUUCCGGGUCGUCCAGCAGCUGCAGCUCAACUCCAGACUCCUCCGAGCGGAGCCUGCAGGCCCCCGCCCAGCCCUGGUUCGACCCUCGCUUGUGGCUGCAGUCCCAGGUCUGAAGGCUACCGAGAGCAGAGGGUCUGCGUUCUUCGGGGGGGGGGCUUCACCAUGCAGAGACACACCAGCCGAGGCCACAGUCCCCAUCCCUGCCCCCAAUGAGGGGCUGACCUGGCUAGCGAAGCAGCUGGCCACGGAGUUGGGGGGGCGGGGGGGCCCCCCUCCAUCUUCAGGAGAAACGCACCUUGCUUUCCCUCGUAAAGAAACUGGAAUGUGCGCUGUUGAACCCGAAGAGGGGCCGAGCUCUUUCCUUGCCGUGGGCCGAGGGUCCCCAUUUGCCUUCAGCCCGGCCUCUUCCUGACACCCCCCCUCACACACCCCCCUCCUCUCAAGCUGCAGGGAUUGGCAUGGAGGACGAAUUUGGGGUGGGCAGCCCUUCCUUCCUCCAAGCUGCUCUCUGUGGGGCUCGGCGGCCUCCUUUUCUGUGAAUACGCAUUAAAGUGUACU